CUCGCCUCGUGCGCUUCCAUUUCCACUCCGACCCGGCCGGCGACCCGCCCCCCGGUCCCCGGAGCGACCGAGGCCUCGCUCACCGACAUGUGGGCCCUCAACAACGCCAAGGCCGGCGGACCCUGCCUCACGCCGCGGCACCCAGCGCCGCCCUCCCUUGCGUCGCCGUCGACGGCAUCGGCUGGGCGGAGGUUCUGGAGGCGCAGCCCCGUGUGGGCGCCCCUGGUGGCGGUGCGCGCGUCGGGGGGCACGAGGAAGGACGGCUCCGUCGGUGGCGAGGCCAGCGGCGAGGAAGCCGAUAGCAAGGCGUCGUCUGCCGGGCAUGAUGAUGCAUCUACCCCAACAGGGGAUACCUCUGCUGGGUUGAACCAAUCGCAUGACGAACCAAAAACAAGCAAGCCGAUUAAUGUUUCUAGCAGCAACUACUGGCGAGAUGUCAGGGCAAACCUUGUGCGUCGGGAACAGGAGCUAUUAGUGGAUCCAAGUACUCCAUCAGAGUCGAAGGCGUCCUCAGGAGAUCCAUUACAGCUCCCUCAAAAGUGGGCUCAUGCUAUUACGAUGCCAGAGGCAGGAUGCGUUCUGGUUGCUACCGAAGCGCUAGACGACGACAGCAUCUUCGAAAGAACCGUCAUCUUCCUCCUCAGGCUCGGUACAAGGGGCACGUUCGACGGCCCGUUCGGAGUCAUCAUGAACCGUCCGCUCUACACAAAGAUCAAGCACGUGAACCCGAUGUUCCGAGACCAGGCGACGCCCUUCGGCGACUCCCCCCUCUUCUUCGGAGGCCCCGUCGACAUGAGCAUGUUCCUGGUGAGGACCGAGGACAGCGCGCGCCUCAAGGGGUUCGAGGAGGUGGUGCCAGGCAUCUGCUACGGCUUCCGGACGGACCUCGAGAAGGCCGCCGCCCUGAUGAACAGCGGCGCGAUCAGGACCCAGGACCUGAGGUUCUACGUCGGCCACGCCGCCUGGGACCACGAGCAGCUGCUGGGCGAGAUCCGGGCGGGGUACUGGGCCGUCGCGUCCUGCAGCACGGAGCUGAUCGGCGAUGCCUUGAUGGGCGACCCUUCUCGCCUCUGGACCGAGAUACAGCAGCUGAUGGGAGGAUAAAGUGUAGUACUCUCUGAGCUCAGCCAGGAACAGAAGCAGGGCCGGCCGUAGGUGUUUGCUCAUUUGAGAUGUAAUAAUUUGUUAUGGGUAAGGUUGUGGUCGAGUCUGUACAUAAUUGGAAUAGGGUGACUCGCUUGUUAGUUGCCCCUAGCCUCGUGUAGCAACUGCUGUGCGUCGAAUGUACUGAAACAGGCUCUAUAUAAUGCCUGCCUGCCUAUGUAUUUCAGCAAUUGGCGAACGUGAAGAUGGCGCUUCUGAUG